AUCAAAAUCUGGCAACGCUAAUGGCGUCGCUUAUUUGAAUUCAGUUUCAGAUUUUCGUCACCGUUUGUGUUGAUUUUUCAAUGAGGGCCACAUGAGUAUUGCAAUGGAUUCUCCUCCAGCUCAGCAUGAAAGUAUAGAAGAGAAAGAACGUAAAUUACGUUUAAGAAACAGAGUGUUGAAUGAAAUUAUUAGUUCAGAGGAGUCUUACAUCACACAAUUGGAAAUGCUACUCAACGGUUUUGUCAGGCCUGUCAGAGACAAAAAUAUUAUACCAAAACAUAGUUUUUCUGCUAUAUUUGGAGACAUAGAACCUCUAUACGCACUAAAUGUGGUUUUGAAUGAAGAGUUGCAAAAAUCUGAAAAUGUUGGAUCUGCCUUUUGUAAAAUUGCACCAUAUCUCAAACUAUACUCCACAUAUGCUCACGACUAUGAACUUGCCAUCAGCUCUUUACAGGGUCUAAGGAAAUCAAACAAAGCAUUUGAAACCUUUGUAAGCCAACAAGAACGUUUACCACACAUUUCCAGAAAACUAGAAGCUUUGUUGAUAGUACCAAUUCAACGUGUUCCAAGAUAUCGACUACUCCUCACUGAAUUGAUAGUUCACACAGAAGAACAGGAAGAAGAACAUGCCAUCUUAAAUGCUGCUCUUAAACAAAUUGAAGCUGUUGCUCACCAUAUAAAUGAACAGAUUCGUGAACACGAGAACAUGCAAAGAAUGAUUCGAAUACAACGUUCACUCGCACAAGGAAAUCCCAAAAUUAUCUCACCCGGUCGUCGAUUCAUCAAAGAAGGAAGUUUGAGAAAAGUCUCUGCAGAUAGUGAAUCAGCCCAUAACAGAUACUUUAUCCUCUUCAAUGAUAUGUUGCUGUACUGUAAAGUUCGUUCUCCUAGCAAUGAAAUCGACCUGAAAGGAUCCCUUGUCUGCAGUUGUGUCUUUCCUCUUCGUCAUUGCAAAGCGGAAGCCGUAGUAGGAGAUGGACUUUUUAGGGUAACCUGCAGAGACGAAUCUUUGCUGCUUUGUUCGGAUACGGCUGACCAAGGAAAACAGUGGGUAGAGACUAUAAACGCUGCUGUUGAACAGCUUGAAGCCAAUUUCAGAACACUUAGAAAGGAAAGUAGUAGCCGUCGGCCAAUACGGAAGCGCCAAUUACAUCAAAAAGACAGUUUAAUGCGAAAAUUCCACCAGAAGAAACUUACGCUGAAUGGCCCAAGUGUUUGCCAGCCAAGUUCUUUUGAAGUAGAAGUGCUCCGGUCUGAAAACACGGGUUCUCACUCUCCUCGACAAAGUCCUACACUCAAGUCACCGUGUGUCAAGUCACCACGUCUUUUGAAAUUGCCUAAAUGGCCGGAAUCUUGUUCCGGGUCACCUUCGUUCCCUUAUUCUCCUCGGAAAUUGUUGGCCCUCAUCGCUCCGUCCUCACCAAAUUGUUCGCCAGUUCACGAGGCUCCCCCAGUAUUUAAUUUUUACUCCCCGCCUAUUCAAACAGAUUUUACCGUCAAUACAGAUUAAUAAUAUCCGUGUCAAUAGAAAAAAAAAUUUCAUACCAGUGAGUGUACAAACAGUUAUUUUAAAAAGGGAGGGGCUGUCUAUGCUUCUUCCUUGCAUCCAUCGUUGGAGAUUUUCUUUUUAAAAGAACAACAUGUACACGCGAGUGCGAUAAAUAACAACACCGACCAUUUUACUAUAAUUGGAGAACUAUCAUGUAGGGAGAAGUUAACAGUAACAAGGGAAGAAAUAGGAAAAAGUUAUUUUAAUAGCCGAAAGAAAUUUUACUUAAAAAGGUAUCCCUAAAACACGAAAUGCAAAACAUUUCUUUCGCUUUUACAAUUAUGAAAUACAGAUGGGAAUUUUCAAUUCUAAAA